AUGAAAAAUCAAGUUAUGUAAAUAAUAUACAUAAUUUUAUAUAAAAUUUAUCAGUAUGUUAUGGUAGGGUAUGUUUAAAUUUUAUUAUUAAGAAAAUUAAGAUAUAAUCCCCUUUUUAAUGCAAAUUAAAUGAAAUUUAUGGAAAUAUUGAAUAAAAUAUGUAGAAUAAUAAAUAAAAUCAACCAGGCCCAAAAUCUCUAAGAAGUAAAUUUUAAAUGUAUUUUUAGCCUAAGAAAGUACAUUAACUAAGCAUUCAGAAGCUUUUAGUAUUUUAGAUUCAAGAAUAUUGGAAAAUAAAGAUAAUUUAGAAUUGUAAGUUCUUAGAUAUCCAAAUCCUCAAACUAUGUUCCACAAUCCAAGUGUUUCAUUAAUGCCGAACUUUUCAAACUUCUUUAUUAGUAAUUAAUACAAUACAACAAUUGCUGAUUAAUUACUGCAUUCAUAAUUGAUGCCUUAAAGUAAUGCUUUUUAGGCUAUGCCUUUAAAAAGUCUUGCUGCUGAGGGUAUGAGAAUAGUUUGUGAAAUUGAUAUUUUAAUGUUGAGACAUUAUUAUCAAUUAAGAGAAUAGGUAAAAGUUCUGAAAAUAUUUAGAUUUUUAACAAACACAAUUAAACCACAUCAAAAAGAAUGGAUAAUAAUUCUAAUCAGAUUGAUUGGAUUAAAGGGAGAUUCUAAUAUCGAUUUAAAGAAAAAAUCAGUAAAAUGAUGUGCAAAUUAGUGGAUGAAGUUAAAUCACUCAUAAAUAAUAAAACAGAAGAUGAUUAAUAAAUUAAUAUUGAUAAAUUGAGAUUCUAACCAGAGGAACUAAUAUAACUAGAUAAAGAAUUAAAGGAAAAGAGAGAAGAUUUAUAAGAAUAUUUAGAUCCUUAUGAGGUUUGUGGUAGAAUAGCAAAAUUAAUAGAGAUGUAUUUUAGAAGUUCUGAUUAAUGA